AUGUCGCCCUCCAAAGUCGAAGAACCUCCAACAGUCGAAGAACUCCUUCACAGCGUCAAGAGUCUGACCAGUACCAACGGCACCUUCCAACAGGCUUGGAAGAACUCGUUCCCCGACAAAUUCCAUUGCUGCGAGCAAGGAGGCUUCAUCUAUAUUGACUUUCCUAUCCACAGGCCGAUUAAGAAGGUGUACGUGCAGAUGUCAUCGAAAGGAAUGAGUAUGAAUCAAAGGACCGAAGGACCCAAUGCGUCGAUUGACUUAAAUCGCCCCGGAAUCAACAGAAAGAACGUCAUUUUAGUUGCCAAUUUCCACACUCACCCGCUCUCGGAGCUCGUACAAGGCAGAGCCGAGCCGUCCACUUCCGACAUGAACAACGCGUAUUAUCGCGGACUGCCUGGAAUCGUCAUUUCUCGCAAGGGAAUAUAUGCGUAUGGCCCCACUGAGCGCAAUGGCACCAGCAAUCCCAAGGGUUACGCGCCAUCUGUAACGAUGACUGGCGUUCCAAGGCCACGACUCGUCAUAAAUAACCAUCCUCCAUGGACCGUUGACAAUCAAUGGCCAGAAGGAACGGGCGUCGAAAAACCACGCACUAGGGAACUGGGCAUCGAGGAAGAAAAGAUCGAGAUUCCUGGAUUAGAGAAGGGAAAGGAGAUCUUGGCGCGUGCAUCACACCUCCUGGACAAGAUAGCACCGCAUAGGCACCACGGUAGCGACAAGGAACAGGAGGUUCAACACGACGACGUUAUUCUUGUGGAGUGGUCUGACGAGGGUGUCGAGUAUGGAGAGCACUUGGAGGAACACGCUCAUGAUUAA